CUGUGCUCGUCCUCGGUUACUUCCGGGAGGGAUCGGCCACCUCUUCCUCCGCUUCCGCGAGGGUCCAGGCUGCGGUCCAGGCUGGGGAGGCCCCGGGCGAGCGCAGUGAUUUCAUGAUGAUUUGCAGAACUUCUCGGGGUCUAGAAUUCUCUCUGCCUGUGGACCCCAGAAUUUGCUGAGAUGGAGGAGUCCCAGCACAACAAUCCGAACACGGAGAGCCUUGAGGACGACGACCCUCUCAAGAGCACCAGCCCCCAGAUUUCUGUCAGUGAAUUUUCUUGCCACUGCUGUUAUGACAUCCUGGUUAGCCCCACCACCUUGAACUGUGGGCAUAGCUUCUGCCGGCACUGCCUGGCUUUGUGGUGGGUCGCUUCGAAGAAGACGGAGUGCCCGGAAUGCAGAGAGAAAUGGGAAGGUUUCCCUAAAGUCAAUAUUCUCCUCAGGGAUGCCAUCGAAAAACUCUUUCCUGAUGCCAUUAGAAUGCGGCACGAAGACAUUCAGCAGAACAAUGACAUAGUCCAGAGUCUUGCAGCCUUUCAGAAAUACGGGAAUGAUCAGCUUUCUGUGGCUCCCAACACAGGCCGAGUGAACCAGCAGCGAGGAGGGGGAUUCUUUUCUGGAGUGCUCACAGCUUUAUCCUGUGUGGCAGUGGUCCUGCUCGUGUACCACUGGAGCAGCAGGGAAUCUGAGCACGACCUCCUGGUCCACAAAGCUGUCGCCAAAUGGACAGCAGAAGAAGUAGUCCUCUGGCUGGAGCAACUGGGCCCAUGGGCUUCUCUCUACAGGGACAGGUUUUUAUCUGAAAGAGUAAAUGGAAGAUUGCUCUUAACCCUGACAGAGGAAGACUUCUCAAGGGUGCCCUAUGCCAUAGAAAACAGCAGUCACAGGAGAGCCAUCUUUAUAGAACUGGAGCGCAUCAAAGCCCUCGGUGUGAAGCCCCCCCAAAACCUCUGGGAGUACAAGGCUGUGAACCCCGGCAGGUCUCUGUUCCUGCUUUAUGCCCUCAAGAGCUCCCCCAGACUUGGGCUACUGUACCUCUACCUGUUUGACUACACAGACACCUUCCUGCCCUUCAUCCACACCAUCUGCCCUCUGCAAGAAGACAGCUCUGGGGAGGGCAUCAUCACCAAGCUUCUGGAUCUUAAAGAGCCCACCUGGAAGCAGUGGCGAGAAUUCCUGGUCAAAUAUUCCUUCCUGCCCUACCAGCUGAUGGCCGAGUUUGCCUGGGACUGGCUGGAGGUCCACUACUGGACAUCACGCUUUCUCAUUGUCAAUGCCAUGUUACUUUCUGUUCUGGAAUUAUUUUCCUUUUGGAGGAUCUGGUCAAGAAGCGAACUGAAGACUGUGCCUCAGCGAAUGUGGAGCCAUUUUUGGAAAGUAUCGACACAGGGGCUUUUUGUGGCCAUGUUCUGGCCCCUCAUUCCUCAAUUUGUUUGCAACUGCUUAUUUUACUGGGCCCUGUACUUCAACCCAAUUAUUAACAUUGACCUCGUGGUCAAGGAAGUUCGACGUCUGGAAACCCAGGUGUUGUGACUGGCACAGCCUAGGUUCUGAGCGACUUUACCUGCCUCCCUGACUUCUAAGCUUUGAGGCUAAAGUGGGGCAUGGAGGGAGCGGACCUCCUGUUUCCUUCCCCUGGUAAGCAAGGUGCUGCUUUGUCUGUCUACAGACAGGUUCUCUCUCCCUCAGCCUGAGGCAUCGUGGCGGCAAGGACUGACACCCAGAGCUCCUGGAUGACAUAGCAGCAGCCUCCCACAGCCACCUUCCUCACAGGGACUUGGGAGGCCAGCCAGGACAGCUGGCAAGGACCCAGGGUCCUCAGGCGAGCAGCGUGGGCGACUUCAGAAGGCUGGCUCGUGGCAGUCCCCCUGUGGUACCUCAGUGACUGGCGGGAGCUCCCAGGGUCAGCUGGAACUCUGGGACCUGAGUCUUUUUGAGACCAGGCUUGUAGGACCAGGCCUGUUCCUCAAGCUUAGAGAAAUGGGAGUAGGGUUGAGGGGGAGAGAUUUUGUCAUAGGCAUAGAAAGUUGCACAUAAAAAAGACAGAAAACCCACCUUUCAAUCCACGAUUCUUAUGGACCAGUUGCUAUAAGGGUUCAGAGUCAAACCUCUUAAAGGAUUCAGUUGAGACUGGAAUCAUGACAACCAAUCUUGUCACUGUUUUCUACUUGUCUUCAUUGAGCGUCUGGAGCUCUUCCCUGAGGGGGGGAGUGAGUGGAUGUCAGCUAUAAAUGGAGAGUGAUUUACACAAGACUGAGCUGCCUCCUUGUUACUUAAAAUUGAUUUGUUUUUAAGAAUUUAACCUGUAAAAUAAACUCCAGGAUAGUCCUUUUGUUCAAGGAAACAUUCUGUACAUUGACCUCACACUGUGUAACCCUCAUCUUCCUGUUCUGACGUGCGUGAGAAGCGGGUGUGGCUGUGACAGUGACUGUGAAUGUGGGGGAUGUGGGCUUUCAUAUCCUUCCACGGGAAAUGAAUCCAUCUGCAGAUAAGCUCACAAAGUGUCUUUGUGACGCCCUAAGCCAUUCAGUAAGCCUUUGUAUCUUGGAAGAUCUCACUCAAACUGCACCUGAAAGUUUGAAGACAUUACUUGAAAUAAAAAUAAAGAUUUUUACACAGUUAAAGCUUCUAUGUAGGGGAAAACAAAUUGUUUAGAAAACAUGAAAAAAAAUCUGCGUUGCCAAUACGACUAAUCACAAUUAGGCACAAGCCUCCACCCUGCUCCGAAGGUGUCUGAAAUCAAAGGGGCAAUUUUCUUCCUUCUGUGUUUGCUCAUCAUCCCCCAGGGCUGUCUGGCUUUACCUGUCUUAACCCUGGAACAGCCAGAGACUAACACCACUAUUCUCAGAAGAAGAGGUGAGGGUUGGGAGGCAUGGCGGUGCUGCCUGGCAGGACAGCAAGUUGCCUGACUCCCUGUCCCGUGCUCUCACCCCACCUAAGUUCUGCUACCACCUGACCCCACCCACUGCCCACAUCCUACCUCAAAGAUGAGUAACCCCACAUCUGCUCUGGGGAGGUUUCUGGAGACAUGGCCCUGAGCACACAUCCUGGGCCGCCUUAUCACCAGCAACAGGGAAGGGCACAGACAGGGUGAAGACCUCCGUGCCCCUCAGGCCCUCUCAAUCAUAGCAGCCUUGGGUGCUUCAAAAGGGAGCACCUACUUAGAAUAUUCAGACCUUUGGGUACAAGAAAUCCAUGUCUGCAAACUGUGUGAAGGAAUAAUAAAGAGGGGGAAGGGUGGGACAAGAAGUUUAUUUAUAGCGAUAACUGAUAGGAAAUAGACCCAGUAGCUAAAAGUUAGCAAUUUUUAAAAUGGCUUCUAAUACAGCUAUUUAAAAAAAAGAAAAAAAAAAAGUUUCUGAGAUUCUGUCAUGAUCUGCAGAGAAGCUAGUGAAAAUGACCCCGGAAAGUCUUAACUACAUCUCGUAAAAUGAUACAAAAGACUGGUUGACAGCAGCACAGUAAGAUGCUGUGACCUGAGUGAUUUUUUUGCCCUUACAUUCCCCUGUAAUUUUGCUGAGCAGUGAGUGUGUACUACUUCUGUAAUCAGGACAUCACUUUGACUAUUACAUGCAGAGUGGGAUGGGAAAGUAAUUCCUUAAGCUAACAGUUUCUGGACUUGCACCUCACAAGGGUGGGUGUUGUCUAGUGUCUUGUUUAUUGCCUCAACCCAGAACCUAGGAGGGGGCCAGGCGCAUACUAAGUAGGUGCUUGCUCAUACCUGACACUCCGCCCUCAGGAACAGCUUAGAAUACAAAGCUUAGCUCCUUUUCAUAAAGGCCAAACCUCCAAAAUGGUGUCUGAGCUAGAAAGGGUCUCAAUACUUGCAGGGGGGUCAGCUGAGGCUGCUGCUUUGUGUCAAGGUCCAGAUAAGGUCUGGCAGGUCUGGGAGGUCUGAGAAGAGUUUUAACUAGUUUCCCCCCAACCUCUAAGGGAGGGAGGGAUGGUGCAAUUAGUCUGGGAGUGGGGCAUAAUGGGAGCAAAGCAUGCAUAAUUAAGAGGGAGCCCUCCCCACCCAGAAAGGAAAAACCCUUGAAAACCCCACUGCCUCAUUACCUGGUGCUGCUCCCCGCUAUCCUGAGCCACCACCACCCCCCUUGCAGUAUUCUGCCCUGUCCCUUCCCAACAAACCUAGUUGCCUCAUGAAAUUCUUUUCUGCAAGAACCUCUGGUGUUGGGGUCCCCAACAAUGGUACCUGUCUCAAUAGUCAUAAACACAGUUGUGGGGCCUCCCUGAUGGCACAGGCAGUUGAGCACUGAGCUGUGAAGCUGUCUGCAGCCUCUGCAGUGCCAGUUCGAUCCCCACCAGCCGCGGAGCAACACACAUGGUGGGGUGGACCUUUCCUGUCUUGCCUGCUGCUCCCCUCAGCAGUAUGUUUCAGUCAGUCUGCUUGUUCUGUUCCCCACUCUGUCUCUGGUGAAUCCUCUCACCCUCCCCCGCAUCUGGUCUGUACCCCAGU